AUGCUCGGCUUCCCUUCGGCUCUCCGCCACGGCUCCGCCGCCAUCCGCUCCGGCAGCGGCAUGGCUCGCUACCUCUCCACCUCGGCGCCGGCCUUCAACGCCCCCGUCAAGGUGCCCGUGGCCCUCAUUGCCAAGCUGCGCAAGACCCACCCCGUGCCCAUGGCACAGGCUCGUGAGGCGCUGGAAAAGUCCAACCUCGACGUCGACGCCGCUGUCGCCUACCUGAGCAGCGCUACCUCGGCCUCGGCUCAGAAGAAGGCCGCCAAGGUCGCCGACCGUGUCACCUCGGAGGGCACUGUCGCUGUUUCGCUCCUCGGCGGCCGCCGUGUGGCCAUGGUGCAGCUCGCGUGUGAGACAGACUUUGUCGCCCGCAACGACGUCUUCCUCAAGGCUGCCCGCGGUAUCGCCGAGACCGCUGCGUUCCUGGACGUCCCCACCGACGACCCGGCAUCGCCCGUCCCCCAGCCUGCCCAGGACGCCAUCCAGGUGUUCCCCAACGACGCCCUCCUGUCGGCUCCCCUCAUCUCGGUCCCCGCCGACGGCACGACCGCCGCUGCCCCCUCGGAUGAGGCCCAGACCGUGCAGCAGGUCCUCCUUGCGUCUCUCCAGCAGACCAGCGAGAACCUCAAGCUCGUCCGCGCCGCCUCGUUUGCCGCCCCCUUCCCCUCGACCCCCACAACCCGCAUGGUUCCCGGCGCCUACACCCACGGCGGUGACGACACCACGGGCAAGGUCGGCGGUAUCGUCGUUCUCUCGGUCGAGGGUGCUGGUGACAAGCCCAUUGCCGCCAUGAUUGCCGCCCCCGAGGGCGCUCAGCUCGACACCGACCUGCAGGCCCUCGCCCGCAACCUUGCCCGUCAGGUUGUCGGUUUCCCCACCAAGGCCCUCGUUGCCGGUGAGGGUGUCGAGGACGAGGAGGCCCUGCUCUCGCAGACUGCUAUGCUGCUGGGCUCGGACCAGAAGGUCGCCGACGUUGUCGCCAAGUGGGGCGAGGAGCGGGGCGUCAAGGUGUCCAUCGUCGACAUGAGGAGGUGGGCCGUUGGUGACGCCAUUGAGGCUUAA